AAUAAAUAAAGAUUCACAUUGUUAUCAGUUUAUCAUUCGAUUUUUUUAUAAACAGAAAGAAAAAGAUAAGCACUAAAGAGCUAUGUGUUACACGACCAUCUUGAUAGAUAUUAUCUUUUCUUUAAAGCAAUUUUAAUACACAAAAAGAGAUGUAUAUUUAUUUCAUUCUAUAAGCAAACCAUUUAUCGAAUAAACUUAAAGCAUUGAAGUGGUUUUUAUCCUAAAGUGCAUGUUUAUAAUUAAGAGAAGUGACAGCUUCCAGUACUUAAUGGCCAGGUUUUUUUUUCUUUCUUUUCCUUCUCUUUGUUCAAACUAACAAUGGCACCUAACAUUGAACUCAUUCAAGAGAACUGCGGCUUAAAUGUUCCGAAUAAGUCUACAGGCAUAAUUGAUCCAAAAGACAUAGGAACUCCAGAUGCUUAUGUGUCUAGAGAUCCUUUUCUCAUUAGACUCACCGGAAAGCACCCCUUGAAUGCCGAGCCUCCAGUAAAACUGCUUCUAGAAAGUGGAUUCAUCACACCUAAUGGCCUUCACAUUGUUAGAAACCAUGGACCUGUUCCUAAAAAUAACUGGGAUACGCAUACAAUCACUAUUGGUGGUCUAGUCAACAGGCCCAUUACAAUAACAAUGAAUAACUUGCUACAAAUGGAGCCUCAUACACUACCAGUGACUAUCUGCUGUGCUGGUAACCGACGCAAAGAACAAAACAUGAUCCGACCUAGUAUUGGUUUCUCUUGGGGAUCUGCAGGUGUUGGAACUGCUUAUUGGACAGGAGUAUUUCUUAGAGAUGUUAUCAACACAUUCGCCCAAGGCUUGAAACCUGAGGCAUUGCAUAUCUGUAUGGAAGGAAACGACAAUACAGCCAAAGGCCCUUAUGGUACCUCAAUCACUGUCCAACGCGCUAUGUCUCCCGAAUAUGAUGUUCUUUUAGCAUACAAAAUGAAUGGAGAGCUUUUACCUUACGACCAUGGAUUCCCUCUCCGCUGUAUUGUUCCUGGUUGCAUUGGCGGCCGUAGCGUUAAGUGGCUGUCCAAGAUUGAAGCUACUACUUACAUAUCUAAGAACCCUUUUCAAGAUGCGGAUAACAAAGUAUUUCCACCCAAUGUCUUGAGCGCUGAUCAAGCAACAACAGAAAAAUGGUGGUCUAUUCCAGAAUAUUCAGUAUACGACUUAAACGUGAACAGUGUUAUCGCAGCUCCUUUUCAUGGAACUAAGGUGCCAUUAAAUGAUCUCAGUGCGAUAAUCACACUCAAAGGAUACGCCUAUGGCGGAAGUAAUCGAAAAAUCACACGAUGUGAGAUAACACUCGAUGACGGCAAGUCUUGGCGACUAGCAAACAUCCACACAAAACUCAAAACUGAAGCCGAUCAAUACGCAGCUCAGCAUUUUGGUGCUACUCUAACCAACUCAAACAAGUCUUAUCUGCAGACUCGUCAUUGGACUUGGGUCCAUUGGUCUCUAGACAUCCCUAUCUCAGACUUACUUGGUGUGAAAGAAAUAUGCCUUAAAUGCUGGAACGAUGCUAAUAAUUCUCAGCCAAGAGAUAUUACCUGGUCGCUUAUGGGAAUGCUCAAUAAUUGCUGGUAUCGCGUCAAGUUACAUUUGAUCCGAGAACCAACUUUAUCCCUCUUGUUUCAGCAUCCCACUACACUUCCAGGUGACGAGACGUUGCAAGGUAUUGAUCUUCCUGGCUGGAUGGAAGAAGCCAAUAUAACUCCCGACGCCAAUAAAAAAGACAGACAGAAAAAACCCGUUAAUAACAAUCUUAAAAUAUAUACUGAAGAGCAAGUAUCUAAACAUACAACAGAAGACGACUGUUGGUUGAUUUACAAAGGCCUGGUCUAUGAUUGUACACAAUUCCUUGAUAAACAUCCUGGUGGCGCUUCUAGUAUUGCCUUGGCUGCAGGUACCGAUUGUACAGAAGAAUUUGAUGCUAUUCAUUCUCAAAAAGCAAAAGAUAUGCUUGAAGAAUACUUGAUUGGUCAGAUAGAAAAGAAAGUACAAACAAAUUCCCAACAAGAAAAAGAUAUUGUCAAGACACAAAUAAUCUCACAUAAAAGCGCUUUGGAUAAGUCUUUCUUUGAUCCUCGCACUUGGAAGAAUCUAGUUUUAGAAAAGAAAGAAUUCAUGUCCCCUUCUAUAUGCAAGUUCACAUUUGGUAUUCAUGAAGACGAAUCUAAUGCGUUUUUAUCUCUACCGGUUGGUAUGCAUGUCUAUAUAAAGGUAAAGCAAGAAGUUUAUGGUCAAUCCUCUUCAAAAAAACUGGUCAUAAGAGCCUAUACUCCCAGCAAAGUGACAUCCAGGACUAUCGAAUUUGUUAUCAAGAUUUACUAUCCUUAUAAUGAUAUACCAGGUGGUCAGUUAACAACAGCUCUAGACAAAGUCCGUAUAGGUGAAACAGUUGAAUUUAAAGGCCCUGUAGGUGAGAUCGAAUAUCAUGGAGACGGAGAAGUCUCAAUCAAACAUGAUCGUCGUUGUGUUAAGCAAAUCGGUAUGAUAGCAGGCGGUACAGGAAUCACACCCAUGUGGCAAAUCAUUCAAGCACUUGAAAAUGAUCAAAACCGUCCCUUAAUCUCGCUGAUCUAUUGUGCUCGUUCGCUACACGAAAUUAUUUUCCAGAAAGAAUUGGAUGAUUUACAAAUGAAAUAUGGAUCCGAUCGAUUCCGAGUAAGAUUUAUAUUGAGUGACUCUCCAAAACAGGAAUGGAAAGGUGGUUCUGGUCGUUUCUGUAUGGCGGAACUACAGGAGUAUCUGUUUCUCAAAGAUGAAAAUGAGUUGACUGACAGAAUAGUUUUCCUCUGUGGCCCUGAACCCAUGCUAGAGAAUUGCUGUAAACCUCUGUUAAAAGAAGCAUUUGGUGAAGAAUAUUAUUCAAAUAACGUUUUUACUUUUUAAUAAAUCGCCUUAUCAUUUCUUUUGUUUGUUAUUUGAAAA